CAUCAUCCCAUUCCCAUUCUCCUUCCCUUUUUUCUAUUUUUAUUGUUAUUUUUAUUUGCUCGUUAAAUUUUUCUUCUGUCUCUGUUCUCUGUUUCUCUUUUCUCGGACUCAUUCCCAUUUCUAUCUGCUGCUAGUCCCUCCCUCCCAUAGCCAUAAAAGCGUUAAGCUGAUUUCAACCAGCACUGCUUGCUUCUGCCUCUUAGUUGCCUGUUCUCCCCUCCCGGCGAUCCCUGAUCUGCAUCUUCUUCUCCGCCUGCAGCUGAGAGGUUAUUGCUCAUCUCAAGUGAAAGAGUUGUGAUUGCUGCCUGAUGGUCCAAGCGAGAAGGGAACUUCAGUUUGGGGAGAAAUUAAUCCUCAAUAGACUUACUCGUGUUGAACUUCAACGUCUCAUUUCUCCCUCCCCCGUUGCCCCUAGUCUCUCUCCGUCCCUGUCAAUGGAGGGUUCUGGAGCAAAGAUUGUCGCUUUUUGCUGCUCGGAGUCGGUGCAGCAUAGGUGCAAACUUUUCGAAUCUGAAACAGAUCACAGGGUACUGGUGCUGUUUGCUCUCUUAACGGACUGUUGAUUGAUUGCUACUGACCGGUGUCGCUAGAUUAUUGCAAGCACUGAAGCCUUGUGCUGUUUGGGUCGGUGAAGUGAUUAUAUGCCAUGUUAUACUUGUGACCCGCAAGUUGAAAUGCUUUUCCUGAUGGCAAUCAAGACAUUGUAGCCAGAGAUCUCUUGUCAAAAGGGGUUGAUAGACCGUCUCUGGUGCUGGAGAGUUACUUAGACUCAGACCACCAAGGGGCUGUGCCCCUUAUGGUCCCAUCUCGGGUGUCUGGUGGGCUAACCCAGUCUUCUUCAAGCUCAGGAGUUUAUUACCAAGGAGAUGCUCAGUCGCAGACGGUGGUUAACUCCCACUUGAGCUCAUCCUUUGCUAACUCUUCUAACUCACUACCAGGAACUGGUCGUUCCAAUCGAGGAGCGGUUUCGGGGGACAUGAACAGUGCUGCCUUGAACAGUGCGGGAAAUUCUGGACCUAGUGUUGGAGCGAGCUCUCUAGUUACAGAUGCCAAUUCGGCCCUCUCUGGAGGACCACAUUUGCAGAGAAGUGCAAGUAUAAACACAGAAUCCUACAUGCGCUUACCAGCAUCCCCUAUGUCGUUCACUUCAAAUAACAUCAGUAUUUCUGGUUCAUCUGUCAUAGAUGGAUCCUCUGUAGUGCAACAAAGUCCUCACCAAGAUCAACCUGCUCAACAAAUGCAGCAGAGUCAACAACAGCAACAGGGGAACUCGAGCGUGACAUCCGUACCCCCAUCACAAGCUGGCCAAGUUUUGCUUCCGAUGGGAGCUCGGGUUCCUGGAUCCUUCAUUCAGGACCCAAAUAGUCUGUCCCAUCUGCAGAAGAAGCCCAGGAUUGAUAUUAAGCAAGAAGAUAUCAUACAGCAGCAGGUCCUGCAACAACUGCUGCAGAGGCCAGAUCCGAUGCUACAGAACCAUAAUCCGCAGUUACAGGCAUUGUUACAGCAGCAGAGACUGCGGCAACAGCAGCAGCAGAUCCUGCAGUCUAUGCCGCAUUUGCAGAGAGCCCAUCUGCAGCAGCAACAGCAUCAGCAGCAGCAGCAGCUGCAGCUGAGACAGCAGCUACAACAGCAGGGCAUGCAGCCCAUGAAUGUAAAACGCCUCUAUGAUAGUGGUGUGUGUUCUCGAAGGCUUAUGCAAUACCUUUAUCAUCAGAGACAACGACCACUCGAUAAUGCUAUUGCUUACUGGAGGAAGUUCGUGACAGAAUAUUAUUCCCCUCGUGCAAAGAAAAGAUGGUGCUUGUCAUUGUACGAGAAUGUUGGACAACAUGCACUUGGUGUUUUCCCUCAGGCAGCUAUGGACGCGUGGCAUUGUGACAUCUGUGGCUCCAAGUCUGGAAGGGGCUUUGAGGCAACUUUUGAAGUACUUCCAAGACUUAAUGAAAUCAAAUUCGGCAGUGGGGUCAUUGAUGAGCUUUUAUUUUUGGACUUGCCUAAAGAGUAUAGAUUCCCUUCUGGAAUAAUGGUGUUGGAGUACGGGAAAGCAGUUCAAGAGAGUGUGUAUGAGCAACUUCGUGUUGUUCGUGAAGGCCAGCUUCGGAUCAUUUUCGCACAUGAUCUAAAGAUACUGUCAUGGGAGUUUUGUGCUCGUAGGCAUGAAGAACUCCUUCCUCGGCGUCUGGUUGCUCCACAGGUACAAGACUCCUAUGUAACUGAGGGCAAGCUUGGCAGCAUCAUUUUAUUUACCUUUUCCUUUGUCAAUGGUAUUUUCCAUGUUUUGCAGGUCCAUCAGUUGGUCCAGGUCGUGCAGAAGUGUCAGAGCACAAUUGCUGAAAGUGGAGCUGAUGGAGUCUCCUCCCAGGAUUUACAGACUAACAGUAAUAUGGUUCUCUCAGCGGGGCGUCAGCUUGCUAAAAGCUUGGAGCUUCAGUCGUUGAAUGACCUCGGAUUCUCCAAAAGAUAUGUCAGAUGUUUGCAGAUCUCUGAGGUUGUCAAUAGCAUGAAGGAUCUCAUAGAUUUCUGCAAGGAGACCAAUAAAGGACCUAUAGAGGGCUUGAAAAACUAUCCUAGACACACCUCUGCAGCUAAACUUCAGAUGCAGAAGAUGCAGGAGAUGGAGCAGCUUGCAAGCGUACAGGGCCUCCCAACUGAUCGAAACACACUUAAUAAGCUGAUGGCGCUGCAGCAUUCUGGUCUGAACAACCAAAUGGGCCACCCCAACAUGGCUCAUCGUGGAGCCCUGAGUGGGUCUGCCCAAGCUGCUUUGGCCCUCACAACAGGCUACCAGAACCUGCUCAUGCGUCAGAACUCCAUGAACUCCAACUCAAGCACCCUUCAGCAGGAGGCGUCCUCUUUCAGCAAUUCUGCCCAGAGCCCAUCAGCCACAUUUCAAGGCCCGAAGAUAUUCCACUCUAGCGGCUAUUCAAGCCCGAAUCUUCCCCCGCAGCAGCGGGCGCUGAACGGGCCGACUAACCUACUCCAGCAAAACCCUAACCCAACUCAGGGAAACCAAACUCUCCAGCAGCAGAUGAUUCAGCAUCUUCUGCAGGAGAUGUCUAAUAACAAUGGUGGCGGAGGAGGGGUUCAACAGGCCCAGGCUCAUCUCAGGAGUGGUAUGGGUUUCGGGAAUAACAACUCAGCGCCACCCCAGGCGCAGGCUCGAGCCCAGGUUCAGCCUGCCUCGUCCAACGUCUCCGGUCCAGCACCUAGUCGGAGCAACAGCUUCAAAGGCACUGCCUCCAACAGCGAUUCCUCUGCACCCCCUGCAACUGGGAAUAACGGGUUCAACCCUGGUAGAGCGCCUGAUAUGCCUCAGGGUCUCCACUUAUCAGAUGAUAUUGUUUCUGAUAUUGCCCAAGAGUUCACCGGCAAUAGCUUCUUCAGCAGUGAUCUCGAUGACACCAUGGGUUUUGGGUGGAAGGCGUAACAUGACUAACACUAAUUUGGCCAGCCCAACCGAUAAUGAUAAUGGUGAGAUUGUCAUUCAAUCUUAAGGGAGUUCUGUCUUACCUCUGUACAGCGUGUUCUAAAAUGGAUGCGGGAUUUUCAUUCUUUCUGUUCAUUUUUAUUUUUUUUUGUUGUUUUUUUUUGGGGCUCUCUGUCUUUUUUUUUUUUGUUUUUAACUCGUUUCUAAUUGUGGUUGUGGCUUCACAAACUGGUGUUGCAACACUUGCAAGCAAUUUUAGAAUAUUUAGGGAAAAUCUUCUUUGGCGGGGCUUCGUCUAUGUCGUCGUUAUAAGUCAGUGCAAGUGUAAUCUAUUGCAUAAGCUACUUGUUGAGGAAGAACAGCUUCGAUUUCAUUCUCAUGGCUUCUGUAUGAUGAAGAUCUAGUACUCCCAUGUGCCGGAGAUUGUUCUA